UUCUUUCCAAAUGAGUUUAAUAUUUUCUUCUUGCAGGACUUAAGAAACUGUAUCAUCGAGCUGCACUGAGGCUGUGUUAGAAAUCAUGCUUUGCUCCAAAGCAGUUGUCUGUCUGAUUCUUCUGCUUGGCAGUACACUGACUGAAGUUGGUGCUAAGGCCAUCUCAAAGAGGCAUGUCCGUCGUGACUGGUUGAUCUUGCCUGAUGCAAUUGCAUUUUAUGUAUAUAAGGCUGUGGACACAAUGUCCCCUAAAUCUGCAGAGGUGGUGGCAAAAGCUGUUCAGACUCCACUAAUUCUUGAUACAAGGAAUUUCCUGAUACAGACUACAGCUCAAAUCACUGUGAAAGCUGAAGAAGCAUGGGCAAAAGUGGUGGAGAAAGUGUCUGGCUUCUGGCAGUAGCAGAAGAAAGAACAAGAACAGCAAUAAGGCCAGAUCAAGCUUAGGGUUCUGUCAUAUGUAUUUACCCUCUUGAGAAAUCAAUUGGGUGAACUUUCUCUAUCAUGCCACUAGAGGGAGAAAACAAUCCAACUUCAGUCAGGACAACCUCCAAAAGGCUUAUUUGUUAAAUCCAUAAAAUGCAAAUAUACGGAGGGUCACUCACUUCACAUGUGAUGGCUUGCACGAUAUCCAAUGCAAGUGUUUGUUUUUGUUCUCCAAUCUGUGCAUUCAUAGCAAAAUACACUUUGCUUGCUACUUCAGAGACGAUAGGCAUACUUUCCCUUGAUUAACAAAAUAGGAGUCAAGUGCACCUUUAAGACCAACUUAGUUUUAUUCAGAACGUAAGCUUUUGUAUGCUCUCUAAGCACACUUCAUCAGAUGAGGAAUCAGGUACAGUGAGCAAAGCCACACAUAGCUGGUAGUCAGUGGCUCAGAAUGCAAACUGGUACAAAUUUAAGAUCCAAUGACAGUAUAGUAAAAUCUUAGACCAUUUUCACACAAAGCUUACCACGCGGUCACGUUCCUGUUCUCUCCACAGCGUCCGUCAGAUUUCCCACUAUCUGCGCCGGAGUUACUAGAAGUGCCACGGCUUUUGCAUAGCAAACAUAAACCGCUAAAACCCAGUUUAUGUUUGCUACGCAAAAGCCGCGGCACUUCCUGUAACUCCAGCACAGAUAGUGGGAAAUCCGACGGACGCUGCGGAGAGAACAGGAACGUGACUGCGUGGUAAGCUGUGUGCAAAAACAGUAUUAAAUCUGUAUUUAAGCCGCCCUGAGCCUGUUAGGGGAGGGCGGGAUAUAAAUCUGAUAAAAUAAAUAAAUAAAAUUAAGCUGGUCUUAAAGGUGCAACUUGACUCCUAUUUUGUUCUACUACUUCAGACCAACACAGCUGACUACUUGGAUCUUUUCCUUGAUGAGUUCAAGGAGAUGAGUUCUAUGUAAGAAAGAUGAGAUUAGUUCCACAUAAGAAAAUUACACGAGUUUUACGUGAGAAAGUUAUUACAUAUGAAGCAGCCAUUAGGGGAUGGCCCAGGCUAGCCUGCAUGUGCAUGUGCUCAUCACACACACAGACUUCUGCAGAGCCUGAUCCUAAACUUCUUUUUAUGGGAUUUGUAUGGCAUAGUGGUGAGAGUAUCAGACAAGGAUAUGAGAAACCCAGGUUGAACCCCCACUCUGCCCCACACCCUCAGCCUCAUCUAUACCAGAGUGGCUCUUGGGAGCAUAAAAUGGAAAGAGGAGGAAAGAUGUUGUAAGCCGCUUUGGAUCCACAUUGGUAAGAAAAGCAGGAUAUAAAUAUCCAGAUAAAUAACACGCCUUAUUCUGUGAAAUCUGUAUCUUGGAAUGGUUCAUUUAAAAUGGGGAGAGAGGGACAUGAUUUGGUGCCUUAACUUUUAAGAUUUUUUUUCAGCUUUAUAAAAUGUGAUUUGUAUUAAAAUGGUUUUGAGAUUUA